UUGUAAAUUGAAAUUGGGGUUCCACUUUCACUUCCACUUUCAAAUACACUGAUAUUACAGAUUAGCUCUGAGUCUUUUCGAAAGCCCUAAAUUCCUACCUCAUCAUUCGACAAUGUGGAUUCGCUGUCUUCAAUACACGGUAUCUCAGCAGGUAAAAGUGAGCAUUUAUGAAUAUACUUCAAAAACCCAUGUCUUAUCAUGUCUUCCUCUUCUUUCUAGGGUUAGAACCAUAUGCUCCUCUUCCUCUUGUGUUACUGUUGCUAAUACCUCUCAAAUUAACAACCCUUCUUCUUCUUCUUCUUCUAUUGUAAUGUCAUACCUAAUAAAUUCAGGUGGAUUAUCAGAAAAUGAAGCUAUUUCCGUUUCCAAGAAAAUCCAUUUUGAAACAAAACCAGGCUCAGUUAUUAGUCUACUUGAAAGCUAUGGAUUUACCAAGCCUUACAUUUCAAAACUCAUUACUAAGAGACCAUCCAUACUCGAAUCUGAACCAGAGAUAUCCCUUAAACCCAAGUUUGAUUUUUUCAUAUCUAAAGGGCUUUCUGGAAUUGACCUUGCCAAGUUCAUCUCCAGUGACCCGCGGAUUCUUAGAGAGUGCUUAACAACCCAGAUAAUCCCAGUAUUUGAUAUCCUCAAGAAUAUUGUUCAUCGUGAUGAGAAUGUAGUUACCAUCCUCAGACGCCACCCAUGGAUUCUUCCCAACAAGCAAGAUAAUAAAGAAGAUGAUUUGCAACAAUUUAAGGAGAUUUUAGAAGAGAUUAAGGGUAUGGGGUUCGCUAUCACCGUAUUUACGGCGUUGAGCAAGUCGAGUAGGGAGUCCAAAAUGGAUGUUUACAGGAGAUUUGGUUGGUCUGAAGAAGAAAUUUAUAAUGCAUUUAGGAUCCUUCCUCAGUGUAUGGUUGUUUCUGAGAAAAAGAUAUUGUUGAUAAUGGAUUACUUUGUGAAUCAAAUGGGUUACAGUUCGUCUUUUAUGGCUAAAUACCCAGCUUUUCUUUGUUAUAGCUUGGAGAAGAGGAUUAAGCCUAGGUGUUUGGUUUACAAAAUUUUAACCUCCAAAGGAUUUGUUAAAAAUCAAAUUUCCAUAAGUUCACUUUUGGUAAUCUCUGAGAAAUCUUUCUCAAUGAAGUUUAUAGAGGAGUAUGCUCAGGAAAUUCCAGAACUGUUGAAAGUCUACCAAGGUCAGUAUAAUUCUAAAAAUCUGCUUAUCAGUAGUUCUUCUAAAAGAUUGUCAGAGGGAGUUCUUUAGUAGCUUGUGUUAGUUUGUUCCAGUAUCACCUCCGUUGCAAUAUCACAAGGGGUCGGAAUUGUAGGUUUACGACUACAAAUGUGGUGCAUUUAUGUGUCUGGUUUCUGACAUGACGCAUGUAAUUACUGUGUAGGGUAUUAGAUAGUGUACGAGUAUGAGCUUGCCUCAUUAUGUUAAAAGAGUAGUAGAGGAAAGAUGGAUUGUUAUUUUUGAAAGCAAAAUAAAGUUUAUAAUCUUUACUUUGCAUAGUCAGGUAGUGAUUAAGAGUAAAGCCUAUAUGUCCAGCAA